GAUAAAUUGGGUUGGUUCCAUUUUGAAAUCGAAAGAUCUCACCCAUCAGGCCGAGCCACCACGAACCAACCUCCGCCACAACUCUUUCUUCGGGAAACACCAUGAAUUCAGUUCCUAAUUAUCACCACCUAUGGCCCUUUUCAUGACCAUGGUUCUUUCGAAAUUUACUGAAGCCAUCCCCAAUGCAGUCAAUGUUUUGUGCCGCUCUCCGUGAUACCUCUUGCAUAUGUUGUCGGGUUCUUGUUUCUAGAAAUUUUUGUUCUUCAUUGGCAUCUUGUCACCUCUUAGGAACUAGGGAAUUUUUGAAUAAAGAACAAUGUCAAGAACUUGCAAAAUCUGUUAAUAUUCUUGCUGCAAGAGUUGGCAAAGGACGCAGCGAGGAAGAAAUUCUUCAGUCUUUAUUCAAUGAUCAAGAUUAUGAGGGUAUACAUCUGUCUCAGAAGCUUGUUUAUAGUUUGCUCCAUCGAUUUAAGGAUGAUUGGAAGUCUGCACUGGGAAUAUUCAAAUGGGCCGGUUCGCGUUCAAGCUUCAAACACUCGCCCGAAUCAUAUGAUAUGAUGGUAGAUAUAUUGGGUAAAAUGAAGCAAAUGGAGAAGUUGAGAGAUUUCUUAGAAGAAAUGUGUCAGGGUAGCGGUGUCAUCACUCUCAAUACUGUAGCCAAGGUGAUGAGAAGGUUUGCUGGGGCAGGACAGUGGGCAGAUGCUGUAAGAAUAUUUGAUGACUUACAAACUCUUGGGUUGGAGAAGAACACGGAAUCCAUGAACUUGUUGCUUGAUACCCUAUGCAAAGAGAGAUUUGUUGAGCAAGCUCGUGAAAUUUUCUUGGAGUUGAAGCAGCACAUUGCUCCAAAUGCUCACACAUUUAACAUAUUCAUUCAUGGAUGGUGCAAAAUCCGUCGCGUAGAUGAGGCACAUUGGACAAUCCAAGAGAUGAAAGGAUAUGGUUGUCGCCCUUGUGUUAUAAGUUAUUCCACCAUCAUUCAAUGUUAUUGUCAAGAACAGAAUUUUAACAGGGUCUAUGAGCUUCUUGAUGACAUGCAAGCUCAAGAUUGCUCUGCAAAUGUGGUCACUUUUACUACCAUCAUGAGUGCACUAGCAAAGGCUGGAAAAUUUGAGGAAGCUUUGCAAGUUGUUGAGAGAAUGAGGUCUAAUGGAUGUAGGCCUGAUACACUUUUCUACAAUUCAUUCAUUUAUACAUUAGGUAGAGCAGGCAGAAUAGAUAACGCUACCUAUGUUUUUAAAGUGGAGAUGCCUAAGGCUGGUGUUGCCCCAAAUGCAUCCACCUAUAAUUCAAUGAUUUCUAUGUAUUGUCAUUAUGCACAAGAAAACAGAGCUUUUGACAUACUGAAGGAGAUGGAAGAUUCAGGCCUUUCUAAGCCUGAUGUUCAGACUUACCACCCAUUGAUCAAGUCAUGCUUUAAAACUGGAAAAAUAGAUACUUGGUUAAAUGAUAUAUUAAAUGGAAUGGUUAAUAAACAUCAUAUUGGUCUUGAUGUUUCAACCUAUACUUUGCUAAUUCACGGGCUUUGUAGAGCAGAUAGAUGCAAGUGGGCUUACUCUCUGUUUGAGGAGAUGAUUGAUCAAGAUAUUGUGCCUAGAUACAGAACUUGCCGUUUGCUAUUGGAAGAAAUCAAACAGAAAAAUAUGUAUCAAGCUGCUGAAAAAAUUGAGGAUCUUAUGAAGAAACUGUAAAUGCAAAGUCUUUAUUUGUGCGGCCUCACUAUCUUCUUGUACAUUAUUUUAACCAGUUAAUUCGAAUUUUUUAUUAAAAAAAAAAAAAAAAAUUGA